UAAUCAGACGCUCGCCGUGUGGGCAGUAACAGACAUAAUAAUCAGAUUGCAGUUUCACGAGAGGCGCUGUGAAAACGGGAGUCCACCAGCAAGGAGCAACUAUGUCUUUGCACAAGUUAAUGGUCUGUUUGUCGACAGCAUGCUUUUUUUGCUAUUUGAUAGGAUUGAAUCUCUUCCUCUGCAUUAUGCAAGUUAUACUGCCAGGUCUCACCAAGAAACUAAUCCUCAAAAUGGGUGAAAAAAGCACCAUGACCCAUAAUCCUAAUUUUAAAUAUGAAGAUUGGGGUCUGACGUUUGGAUCUAUCAAAUUCAUUAAAACCGCCUCUCACCACAUGUGGUUGUCGCUCGGACAAGACGCAUUUGUGGGACGAGAAGCUCCGGACACACCUGUGGUCAGCAUGGAGGGAAAGAAAACAAGUGUCUGCAAGUACUUGAAAGACAACAGACCGCUGGUGUUGAGCUUUGGAAGUUGCACCUGACCCCCGUUUAUGUACAAACUUGAGGAGUUUAAGCAACUCGUCAAGGACUUCUGUGAUGUAGCUGACUUUCUUGUAAUCUACAUCGCUGAGGCGCAUUCAACAGAUGGUUGGGCCUUUACCAACAACUUUGACAUCAACCAGCACCAGAACCUGGAGGACAGGCUGUCUGCAGCGCAGAUCUUGGUCCAAAAGGAGCCCCUGUGUCCAGUGGUUGUGGAUGAAAUGAAUGAUGUCAGUGCCAUAAAGUAUGGUGCUCUGCCUGAGAGGCUUUACGUGCUGCAGGCUGGGAAAGUUGUCUACAAGGGGGGCAUGGGGCCUUGGGACUACAAUCCAAUGGAGGUGCGUUCGUUCCUGGAGAAGAUGAAAUAAGAAGGUUGUUUCAAGUCCCAGCCAUGUGUUUACCAGCCGACAGGUCUUAUAUGUAGGGGUUUCUGUUUUCACCAGGUCAACAUUGUAACCAACAUAUAUUACUGAUAUCUUUUGUUGUUUUAAUCCAGACUCGCAUUAAUUCACUGCCACAUUCACAUGUAGGUCUAUAGCUGCUCCCUCGCAUCAACCACUAAAGAGUAGAAAUAUUGUAACCCCUUCCAGACUCUCCUGUACGCUGGAAAACAUACCUCUUCUGUCGAUCUCUGAGUUUGAACUCUCCUCUCUGUGUUUCUUAGUGACGGCUGCAGAUUAAACCGUUGGCCUCUGCAGCCAGAUGAAGUGAAACACAGAGAGACAGUCGGGUCAGGAGGUUGAGUUCGAGGUAUCACACAACGUGCAGGAGAUGCCACAGAAGUUGUUUAAUUCCAAAGUUUAAAAGACCUUCUGAGUUUUCUUUUGAAGUUUUCCACUUCUUGCAGAUUCAGCUUUACCAUUCUCAUUGUAAACUGUAAUAAUAAUAGAUUUUAUUUGUAUAGCACCUUUUCAAAACUUUAGUAUAUAAAGUAGCAAAAUAAAAACCAAUUCCAAAAAAAUGACAAAUGUAAGAAUAAAGUGAAAUAAAGCAUAGAAUAAGAUGUACAAAUAAUACAACAAUAGAAAGGAUUAUUACACCAAACACAGCAGGGACUUAAUUAAGUAAAAGCACAGUUUAAAAAGUGCGUAUUUAAAAGAGGACAAUGAUGUGACUUGCCUGAUCUCCUCUGGGAAAUUGCUCCUGGGUGACUUUACAGGAGGCUGCUUUAUAUAUGAUGAUUACAGUGCAAACCUCUGGUGACUGUAAUCUGAUGAGAUGACUCAAAAGUGGCCUUCUCUGAAUUAUGUCGGAGCAUUUUUUUUUAAUUGGACACAUUCAGCGUAUAAUAGACGUGUUUGUUAAACAGUCUGCAUUUCCUUUUUUCAAUGUUUUUGUAUCACAAUAAGCUUUUUAUUUCUUGUGAACGUUUGCAUUAUAGUUUAAUAAAGAAUGACACGUGGAGA